UUACACGUACAUACAUAAAUACUUUUCCAUACGCAAACUACGUGUCCACUUGCAUUGCUUGAAUAAACUUAACAAAAUGCAUACGGUUUUAACUAGAGGAAAUGCAACGGUUGCCUAUACUUUAAGCGUUUUAGCCGGCUUAACGUUUUGCUGUUUUAUAUCCACAGUUUUUUUGGAUUAUAGAACUGAUGCGAAUAUAAAAACGGUUCGAGUGCUAGUGAAAAACGUACCCGAUUACGGUGCAUCUAGGCAGAAGCACGAUCUUGGAUAUGUUACGUUCGAUUUGGAGACGAAUCUAACAAAUAUAUUUAAUUGGAAUGUGAAGCAAUUGUUUUUGUAUUUAACGGCCGAAUAUGAAACAGCAACGAAUCAACUCAAUCAGGUUGUACUUUGGGACAAAAUCAUUCUUCGUGGCGAUAAUGCAGUGCUCGACUUCAAGAACAUGAACACCAAAUAUUACUUCUGGGACGAUGGCAACGGUCUAAAGGAUAACAAGAACGUUACUCUGUCGCUGUCCUGGAACAUAAUACCUAAUGCCGGGCUACUGCCAUCGGUGCGAUCCACCGGCAAGCAUACAUUCAAAUUCCCAUCGGAAUAUACCUCAUCUAUUUAGAAUUUUAAACCAAUUUGCUUUAGACGCAUUUAAUACAGUUGUAUUUGAAUGGGCACGUACUAAAA